ACAUUAAGACUGAUGAAGCUGAGAGACCGGUAUUGACGUUACAACAAAAUCUGAUUCCAUUUCAAACAAGUAGAAAUAUAACAGAUAUAAAGAUGGCUGAAUGUUACAUAGGUACAAAGAUGGCUAGCCAAGAGGUGGAAAGUGAUAAAGAGGUGAAAGACGAUUCAGAGAAGAAAAUGGUUAUGUUAUUUGGGAUUGAAAAAGAGUUAAUGAAUGAUGAUGAUACAGAAUGUGUAUCUGACCAGGACAUUGAGGAAUCAGAUGUGGAACAAACAAACAAUGGAGGAGAGAAUGUAGAAACAGAUAUGUUAGGUCAGAGGUCAGAUAUUAGGGCAAGUAAAGUCAAGAUUUUUACCCCUUCUAAUGAGAGACGUAGACGACCAAGAAUGAAAGCUGAACCUGUGGUAGAAAUAGAAAAAACAGAAAUGCUUAAUUUACGAGGUGCUCAAAAACGGAAAGCUAGUUUGAAACGGGCACAGCGAGAAAAACAAUUAGUGGAUGAAGAAGCUUUAAAUGAACCUGAGAUAGAAACACCAAAAAGAAAACGCAGAAGAAAAACAUCAGGAAAGAUUCGAGGAAAGAAACAUCUAUGUGAUGUAUGUCAGAAAGUAUUUAAAGAUAAAUGGCACUUACAGCGACAUAUGUUUACACAUUCUGAUGAAAAACCAUUUAGUUGUGAAGCCUGUGGUAAAAACUUUAAAUCACCUGUAAAUUUACGUGAACAUCAACUGAUACAUCAAGACAAACUGAUAUUUAUAUGUGAGGUAUGCAGCAAAGGAUUUGCUACAAAGCAUCAAUUAGAUUGGCAUGUAAAGAAAUAUCAUACCAAGGCCAAAGGUCAUCGAUGUGAAAUAUGUGACCAACAUUUCUCACGUAAUACAGCAUUAAGGGUACACAAAGAAGUUCAUGCAACAGAAGAAGAAAAACAAUUUCCAUGUCAGAUAUGUGGAGAACGCUUUGCUUUUGUUGCUGGAUACUGUAUGCAUCAAAAAACACAGCAUGGUGCCAAAACAUAUGCAUGUCCAGUGUGUGGUAAAACAUCAUCUGUGAUGCUGAGUUUGGAAACUCAUGUAUCAGUACAUACUGGUGAGAAAAGAUACCAAUGUGAUGUGUGUGGUAAAGGAUACAUCUCUGAAGGUGGUCUAAAAUGGCAUCAGUCUACACAUGCUGCAGAACGACCUUUCAAAUGCACAGAAUGUACGGCUGCUUUUUAUACCAAAUAUGACUUACAAAAACAUACAUUAGUACACAGUGAUAACAAACAGUUUGUAUGCGAGACAUGUGGUAGUCAGUUUAAAAUGAAAAGCCAUCUUGCAGAACAUCAGAAACGACAUACAGGGGAACUAAUGAAGAAAUAUACCUGUCAAGAAUGUGGGUCUGGUUUCUACACACAGUCACAUUUGUCAAGACAUCUAGCAAUACAUACUGGUAUUAAACCUUAUGCUUGUAAUGUUUGUGGAAAGAAAUACAGUAGACAAGAUAAUCUCCGUGUACAUAUGAAAACACAUGGCAUUACUGUCAAACCAAAAAUGCCAAAAUAUAAAACUCGACCAAAAAUUACAACAACAAUACAUGCAGAAAGUGAAGUGUCUAGUAUAAGGGACAAUUCCAGUACAAAAAGUAGUCAAAGUAUGAACGCAGCUAAAGAUGAACAACUGACAAGUGUACAAAAUAUUGUCCCAAAUGUUGCUUCUACUGUUGCGAGUGAUGAACAGAGAACUGGUAGUAGUGUGUAUACUGGUAGACCUGACAUAUCAGCCACUGUAGAGAAACAUGAAACAAGCAAAGAUGAACCUUUGGCACAAACAGAGAGAAGUGACACAAGACAUGACAUAUCAGGCACUUUGGAGAAGCUUGAUAUGACGCAGAAUGUAUCAGGUGCUGUGGCCGAAGUAGAAAGACAUGAUCAUAUCUCAACAGAAAAAACUACACAGGCUGGAUCAUUAAGAUAUAAUGACCAGAGACGUAGUUCAGUUGGACAGGACCAUAUGCAGAGAUCUAUUGAGCAGGAUGCAAGACACAGUGUAGGAAGUGGUAGGACUAUUGAUUCUGGAGUGUUACACAACCUUGAGAUGCCUUCUCACAGUACAAAAGGAGGUCAAGAUAGAAGACAAAGUGUGACAAGCCCAAUAAAUCUGCCAAUCAGUGACACUAGACCGCUUAGUGGACAGGAUAGAAGGCACAGUGUCACAAGCCCCAUAAAUCCAUCAGAUUCAAGUAAGAUAGUUCAUAUCGAUGAGACAGCCAGUCUAAGGCAUGGUACACCUUCUUACAAUGAAGCAACUAAAAAUAUGCAGACCGAAAAACGUUAUUCUGAACUCCAUGAAGUUGGAAAGCACAGCUAUUCGGGUAUAAUAGAAUCUGAUGCAAGAAACCGUUAUCCAGAAAUGUCUGGUACAGAUACUACAAAGCGAUAUCCAGAACUUCACAGUGCUGAAAUGGAAACACGUUAUAGUGAACGCCUGACACCUCAUAUAGCUUACAGUGAUCAUGUGACUCCACCUCAAACAUCUGGGUAUCUCAGACAUCCAAUCACACAUGGCCCUGUACCAGAUGAAUUCUAUCGUAGACAACUGACCCAUUCAUUGUCAACCAAUCAAAACACUGGUCAUUCCCUACCAACCAAUCAGAAUGUUGGUCAUUCCAUGCAAGCCAAUCAGAAUGCAGGUCAUUCAUUGUCAGCCAAUCAAAAUACAGCCCAGGCAUACCAGGAACAAGUGGAGUAUCAGCGUAAUCAUAUGUAUAAUCAAAUGUAUCGUAACAUUGCUAAUGACCCUAAUGUUGUUUCUGUGGCAUCAGAAACAUUGAGGAAUCUACAGUGGUCCUAA